AUGACACUCCUCGAAUGGUUAGAAGUCCCCCAAGAGGGUGAGACCAUCGCCGACCGAUGGAUCAACAGUGAUAUCGAACCCAUCAAGGCGGAUCGUCGUCAAUGGGGGUUCUGGACCUUUAACAACUACUGGAUCCUCAUCAACUCCAACAUUUCGACCUACAUGACGGGCAGUUCCCUCAUCGCAUUGGGACUGUCAUGGUGGCAGGCCAUCGUCGCCAUUGUGGUGGGGAAUAUCCUGGCCACUAUUUUCAUCGUCCUCAACUCGCUUCCUGGCGCAUACUACCACUUGGGAUUUCCCGUCGUCAAUCGCUACGUCUGGGGCAUGCAUGGAAGUCAAUUUGUCAUUUGGAACCGCAUCUUUCUCUCCCUGAUUUGGUAUGCCUUCCAGGCCUGGAUCGGGGGUGAAUGUGUCUACGUCUGCCUGCAGGCCAUCUGGCCCUCCCUUGAGGAGCGCAUCCCCAACCACAUGUCCGCUGCUACGGGCAUGACCACCGCCGAGUUUGUGGGCUAUAUCAUCUUCAUGGUCCUCUCGUUGCCGGUGAUCUAUGUGCGACCGCAUAAAUUGCAGUCGCUGUUCUAUAUCUCCGCUGUUAUUGUCAUUGUGUUUGAGAUUGUCCUGCUGGUCUGGUCCCUGGCCACCAUGGGCAGCCAUGGCUUCGGCGAUACCCUAUCCUCUGGCUCGCACGGCUCUGGAUGGAUGAUUGCCUUUGGAAUAAUCAGCACAAUCGGUAGCAUCUGUGCCGGUAUUCUGAACCAGAAUGACUACGCCCGGUUUGCCCGACGGCCACGGGAUGCCAUCUACGGACAGCUCGUCAGCGCUGGUCUGUAUGCCAUCAUCUGCGGCGUGAUAGGCAUUCUGGUCACGGCAGCCACGCAGAACCGCUAUGGCGAGGCGUACUGGAAUCUGCCUAAUCUACUCAGUGCUGUCAUUGAAACCGGGGGCUCCCGGUCCCGUGCUGCUGCUUUUUUCGGGGGCGCCUCGUUGAUCAUCUCACAGCUGGGCGUGAACGUGCCGGGGAAUGCUCUGUCAGGAGGGUUUGAUCUUGCCGCGACGUUCCCCAAGUACAUCAACAUUCGUCGGGGAGCGUAUCUGACGGCACUUAUCUCCAUUGCUGCGAAUCCGUGGAAGCUGGUCAACACGGCGACAGUGUUCGUGACUGUUCUCAGUAGCUAUUCAGUGUUUGUGGCGCCCAUGAUCGGGUUAAUGAUCGCCUCGUAUCUGGCAGUCAAUCAGCGCAAGAUCAAAGUACCGGAUUUGUUUGUCGGAGAUGCCAGUAGCAUUUACUGGUAUACGUGUGGAGUGAAUUGGCGGGCCAUCAUUGCGUGGAUCUGCGGGACCGUCCCUUCGCUGCCUGGCUUUGUGGCAUACGUUAAUCCGUCGAUUCAUAUGCCUGUUGGUUUGACGCAUUUAUACUAUAUCUGCUUCUUGAGUGGCGCGUUUAUCAGUGGCAUGGUGUAUGUGAUCCUGCAUUAUGUCUUUCCCGACCGACGACUACAGGAGUUUGUGGCAUCGGCGCCGGCAGCUCGGGUGUUGAUGGAGGAGUAUCGUGAACGGCUGGAUUCGGUGGAGGUUAUUCGCGUGGGGGUUCCAAAGGUUGCUGCUGGAGACUGA